AUUUAUAUUAUAUAUUUUUUUAAUUAUUCUGUAUUGAUUUUAAUAAUAUUUUUUUUUUCUUCUUAUGUACAUUAUAGUAUUUUUUUAGCAAUAUAAUUUUUUUAUAUUGUGAACAGAUUUCUUUUAGUUGUGAUGUUAAUUAACUAAAUAAUAAUAUAAUUUGACUUUAAAUGAUAAAUUCGUUAAAUGAUUUACACAAUUUUGAGUUUAAAAAAAGGAUAAAGAUUUAAAAUUUGAAAUCUGGAGAUAGUGUAUAAAUAUAAUUAGUGUCAAAAAAAUUAAUUAGUAUUAGCAAAAAUUAUGGCGAUGGUUUAUCAUGGUAAUUGUUUUGAAAUUUUGAUGCAAACAACACACAGCGCUAUCGAGCAGAAGCACAGUAGGGGUGACAGUAACAGUGAUACCAAUAUUCAGUUCAAGAUCAAUUUCAUCUACCAAACAAAGCAUAUCAUCGGCUACGGCCAUGGCCAUAUAUGUAAGAACAACUCCUCCGACAGAAGAAUAAUAUCCCACUUCAAAAUCAAUGAACCAGUUGAAGCGACAGCCCCACUCAUAAAUCAAUCCACAAUCUUGACUAGUUUCACCACAUCCUACUUGCUUUUAGAAUCCACUCUGUCCAGUAUUGGACUUGACGAAUAUCCAACUAUCAAAAUCAGAAUUAUAGAAAGUCUUGCUAUUCACUGUCAGAAGUUGAUGGACGAAGGUAGAGUAGUAGUUGAGGAGGGAAGAUUAAUUGUUAUUCCUGUAACCGUGAAGAUUGAUAGGUCCAUAUAUACUUGGAUGUGUGAAUGUAGAAGGUGUAUUCUCAAGUAUAAUAAUAGAAUAGUAAAGUAUCUUGAUCGGUGCACUGUGGAUGGAGAGGGAGGUACUUGUACUGUGUGUUUGGACGAGUUUCAAGUAGGAUCGGAGGUGUUGCGGAUACCUCAUUGUGCACAUAUUUUUCAUAAAAACUGUAUUGUUGCUUGGCUUCAAAGGAGUCUUACUUGUCCCGUUUGUCGCUCUCAAUUAGUUCCCGAUUGCAUGUUAUCACUCCGCUAAUUAUUCAAUAAUCAUCAUACAAAACAUUAAAUAUUAGAUAUUAGUAGUAGUAUUGGCUUGGCACCAUUAAUAAAAAUACCUAUUAAUUAAUAGAUUUACUUUGUCUGAUUUACAAUGGAUAUUAAUCUCCGUUUUGUUUUCAAAAUUAUUUAAUAGAAUUACUCUUAAUUAUUAUAUAAGUUUAUAAAUUUUU